AUGAUGGAUCGUUUCAACGAUUUUGUGGAGCGGAAUAGUCGCGGGUGGAUCCAGAUCCCACGUAGUCAAGAAGAGGAGCAGUGUUGGGACUGCCGCAUUGUCGGAACUGUUGCUCUUUACACGACGAGUGCUCUUAGCUGGCGGUGUUUUUUUACCACAAGAAGGAAUGUUAUGACAAACAACUAACUGUGAUGAAAAGAGAAUGUAACUUCUGUGCUGCCAUUUUUAAUCGGCGUCGGUGAGUUCCCUUCUAGAGUUUUCUUGUAGAUGUCGUAAGAAGCUAAACGUUCUCCUUGCUUGAAGCAUAAGAAGCAAUGGCUUCACGAGCUACCCUCCCCACUUCAUGAAGUAUUUAGGAAAUCGGAUAUUCUUUGGCGCGAUGGGACUCUGCUUUCUUGGUCUGGGAACAUAUCGAGCUAUCACUCCAACGAAGCAUGUUGAUCAUGUCGCUAGUCCGCGAAGAUUUCGGCAUGCCUGGGAGCAGCUUGGAACCCAGGGCAGGGAAGAAAAAGAUGCCGCUUCGAAGAAAGAGGACAAGGAGUAGAAUAGUAGGAGGGGGGGAGUUGGCAUAUAUGCAGAGAGGAGUUAACGGCAUGACUGAGGAGUUGCUUUUCGAAAAGUAGCAUGUCAUUAUGAAUUCAUAGUCAUUCGUCUGUGCGAAAAGUAGCAUGUCAUUAUGAAUUCAUGGCCAUUCGUGUGUGUGUGUGUGUGCAUUCUUGUUGGAAAAAAUGAUUACUCGAAUCGGGAUGGGCGGAUAAGCAGCAGCAGUCGUCGACAAGCAAGCUUCAUUUUAUUUUACAUUAGACAUUUACAAGUAUGUAGUUGUACCUAGUAUAGUUCUGGGGAAGAUGCUGAUUCAGAUCGGAUUCUUCAAUCUAAGUGAUCCUCAUUUGCGUUCGUCUUUUUCUGUCAUGUUUCUAUCUUUGUCUUACCAUUUUCUGCAUUACGGAAUUUCUUCUAUUUAUGCCAAACCCUUCCAUCUGAUCUUAUUCGAAAACCACUAUGCUUCUGCUGUCGUAGGGAGAGGCACAACUUUCUUUCGACUAAGGUAGAUUUGCUGCAACUUUCUUUUGCGGAUGUUUUUUAGUUAUCGUGUGUCAUUGGGGAGUAUUUACAAAUGAAGUCAAAUUUCAUGGUGUCACUCGACGGCGGGUCGAAUGUAAAUUGGUAAGUAAAAACUUUCAGCUACCUUAUACUAGCAUUCAAAUAGGUAUAGGUCGGUCCACGUCCAGUACGAAAACAACAACGUAAAAAUUUAGAAAAAAGCUAGUAGACGAUGGUAGAUUGUUUACAGAUAUUUUGGAAGGGGGAGCUUGGGCAUACUCAUCAGUUGUAAUAUUGAAGAUCGACGACGAUAGAAGAGAUAGAAGGAGAGGAUCUUUUUCAGUCGCAGAACAGGUUCUUGAAGAAUGUUCCGAUUGGAAAGGUUUUGUUCCUAAAAGAGAUGCAGAGAAAGGCUUGAGUCGCUGGUCCUCCCUUGAAGUGAUGUCUGUCUUUGACACAUUCUCUGCUCCCUAUACAACUUGCCUACAUAUACUAAUCUGAUUCUCGUAUGAACGAGGACAUGGCGGCCCCUUACAAUAUUACAUCUUAUUUACACCCGUUGUCUGACUGGGUAUAUCAUACGAUAUGCGGAGGGCAUUCGUAUCAACACCUUUUGCUCGGCUAUAGUGGUCGCAUUCUAUCUAGCAUAGCAAAAGUGCGUCUUUCACUCAUGAUGUAAAAAUAAGUUCCUUGUUGAGAAAGGAAAAAUUCGGGAGCUGAUUUACGUUCUUGCCGCCUUCCGCGGAAAAAAAAGCGACCACGGGGGAAUGCAGCAUAAAUUUGUUAUCAAUAUUAUGUACGAAAUUGUGGACGUCUUCAACUGUUACUUACACUACAAAAUAGAUGUAGCCGCUGGAGGAGGUCUACGCACCAUAAUUCACCUGAUAUCUAUUUGUAUUACAGCCGUAGGUAGUUGUGAAUGGCUUCCACCAUCGAAUAUUAUAUGAGUGUUGCUUCAUCAUCUGCUCAUCGUGUGAGAAGACGCGAUGAUGAUGAAGCCGGUCGUGGGUGUGAUAGAUGGAUCGUGUGUUUUGUGAGAAUGACCAGAUACUUUUUUGAGUUCUACAGGUCUCACAUCCUUGCCCUAGUGAAGCAAGGGAUCGCCCACCCCCGAGCUUAUCUACGAGUGCUCUCCGCAUUGGGUCCAAUUGACUUGUGGCGCUUUUUAAUCGCAACAAUAAGCUUGAGUACUCGCAACUAGUGUCCGGGCGGUCAUCUGAUGCGGCUUCUAGCUGCGCCGACCAACGCAGAUUGUCAUAUUUAGGUUAUGUGCGUCGAGCAUAUACACGACAAGAAUAUCAAAAUCUUCAAUUCAAUAGUUUCAUUUUGUUGUCCCCAACAACCUUCCCCGUCAAGUUGUUAUUCGAACCUUACCCAUAGUUAGACACCCUACCCUUUGUAUAUUUCCCCCCUAGUUCUUGCAGCG